AUGGACUCAACACGAGUGCGCAGUUACAAUUGCACCUCGAAUGAAAACAGGGACGACUCAAUUGGAAAGUUCCCCUUGUUGACUGAUGGCUAUUCUCCACCUUGCAGCAAAUUCGAGUUGGAAACGAAACGCCACAACGUUUGUGUGGAAGGAGAUCUCACGCCAGGAAACUUGUCAGAGUCCAUUGUCAUUUCAGCAUGGGCAUUGACCCUAUCAAUAUAUAUUGGCACAUCCAAAGUUUCCUUUCAUGUCCUGCUCAAGGAUGAAUCCCAGUGGCGAACUUCGAUAUUCCAUAUAGAUGCCAGUGAGAAUCAGACACAGCAACAGUUCGUUCAGAAAUCACACAGUUUGCUCCAGAAGCUUAAAUCGGAGAGCAUUUCGAAUGAAGAAGUUGGAGACCGCGAGAUUCUUGAACAACCAGUUAAUACUGCAAUUCUGAUCGGUCAUGUUUCGAGUAGAGCAGAUUUAUCAACCCUGAAAUCUGUAAAGCAAUUUAUUACUCUAGAUGCCAUGGGCCCAACAGUAGGAACAGACUUCUGCCUGAGUUACCAGAACUUUAUGCUUUCUGAUAAGCAGGCAGUGAACGUCGGUUCCACGUUUGCGAAAAUCUUGUCAGGUUUUAUACGAAUUUCCGAUAGACCGCUUGGUUCUCUGGAAUACAUGAGUCAGCUGCACAUUUCUCAGCUGUGGAAGUUCAAUAGUGGCAUUUCUAAAGAACCCUGGAUGGAAUGCUUCCAUGCUGUCGUUGAGAGACAUGCACGAGAAAAUCCCCUAUCUCAAGCAAUCGAUGCAUGGGAUGGGAGAUUCACAUACGCAGAACUGAAUAAUCUGUCAAUUCUGCUAGCCAAAUACCUUCAAUCCCAAGGAGUUGGGCCCGGUAGUGUUGUUCCGAUAUCUUUUGAGCGUUCUGCGUGGGCGAUCGUGGCUAUGUUGAGCGUGUCAAAAGCUGGCGGCGCAUUCGUGAGCAUUCCGCCAUACUUGCCAUCUGGUAGAAGAGAAGCAAUGGUUCAAAUGAUAUCUCCGUCAAUCUUAUUGACAACAUCAGAUUUUUGUCACCUCUGGGCCACUGGACCAAAAUGCAUUCCGAUAGAGGGCAGCCGUAUAUAUUGUCUACCAACAUCCGAACUGCCCCUAAUAACAAAACCCAAACCGGAAGAUACCUUUUAUAUAAUUUUCACCAGCGGUUCAACAGGGGCCCCAAAAGGGUGUAUGGUAUCCCAUUCGUCGUUCUUGAAUGGAGCUUUAAGAAAAGCUCCAGAAUGGAAAUUUGGACCCAAGCGCCGUGUCCUUCAGAUGCUAAGCCAUACAUUUGACAUGAGCCUCCUUGAAAUCUGUACUAGUUUAGGUUCUGGAGCAUGUGUAUGCGUACCCCGGACGGAGGAAAUCGAAGAUAGCCUUGCAAAUGCAAUUAACAAAUAUAACGUCAGUCUCGCAGUUAUGACCCCGUCACUUGCCAGACAGUUAGAACCUGAAGCAGUACCUGGACUACAGGUUCUCUGCCUCGGAGGAGAAUCAUUUCCUAAAGACCUGGUCACACUGUGGUCUGAGCGAAUCAACCUCUUUCAAUUCUAUGGCCCAAGUGAAUGCUCAAUCAAUUCAUCAACAAGAGCUAUAACACACAAGAAUACUGAUCCAUUGAAUAUUGGAGUUCCUAAUAACGCAGCAUGUUGGGUGGUAUCCCCGGAAGACUACAACAAGCUCGUCCCUAUUGGCGCCACCGGGGAGCUUUUGGUCUCUGGUGCUAUUGUCGGCCAAGGGUAUUAUAAAAAUCCUGUCAAGACUGCGGAAUCAUUUGUCCAGAACAUCGCUUUUCUUCAAGGAGAUCCUCACUACAGCGGCUGGCGCUGUUACAGGACUGGAGAUUUAGUGCGAUGGAACUCAGAUGGGACGCUUGUCUUUUGUGGGCGUUUAGAUAGCCAGGUAAAGCUCAAUGGUCAACGCCUUGAGCUGGGUGAAGUUGAAUACCAUUUGACUCUCGAGGAAGAAGUCGGCCAUGCAAUGGCGAUGGUUCCAAGGACAGGACGAUGUAAGGAUAAUUUGAUGGGGAUAAUAUCCUUAAAGUCGUCACCUCCUGUCGACAGCAACGACGAAAUAUCAACUCUUCAAGGUGCCUUGGUUGAUCAAAGUAUACAAUCCAUCCAGAAACGAUUACAAAAUUCUCUUCCAAGGUAUAUGGUUCCAACUAUAUGGGCGUGUAUCCUUAGGAUGCCUAUGUCUGCAUCUGGAAAAAUUGAUCGUGUUAGAGUACGCCGAUGGGUUGAAGAAAUGUCAGAAAGCACAUUUCGUGAGAUAACUGGGGGUAUACAACAACCUGAAGACAGGAAGCCUUUGAGUAAGAUAGAACAGUUUGUCCAAAAUAUAUGGAGUUCUGUUCUUGACUUGUCACCACAGGAUGUUGGUCGUCAUCAAUCAUUCAUACAACUUGGUGGCAGUUCUAUCCUAGCCCAAGAAGUUGUAGCAAAAUGCAGGAAGGAAGGUAUAGGGCUGACAAUGACUGAUAUUUUGACUUGCAAUGGUAUUGCCGGAGCGGCAUCCUUGACAACAGCACUUGGGAACAACGAGUCGCAGACAAGACUGCUUUCCUCCACUUCCACACCAGCGUGGCGAAAACUUCGAGAAAAGUACGAUUUGUCUCGCCUAGGGGUUUCACAUAUAGAGGACAUUGAAGAUGUGUAUCCUUGCACACCUAUGCAAAUAGGUAUGUUCCUCGGCCAGAUUCGAAAACCAGGCUCAUAUCAUCUUCGAUUCUUCUAUAAACCGAUUGUGAAGGGUGGUAAAUUGCCAGAACUCGGAAAGAUUAAAUCAGCCUGGCACCAAGUUGUUUCUCACCAUACCUCAUUGCGUACAGUAUUUGUGGACGACCUGGGAGUCGGUGCCGAGUACCAUUCCGUUGUAUUGCGCAACGCCCCGGUAGAUGUGUGUAUAGACGAAGUCCCAGCGAAUCUUUCACCCUCUGAGGCUAUGGAAACAUUUACCAAGUCAAUCAAACGAUUUGCAAAGCGUUCAACGUUCCAUAGAAUAUCCCUAUGGGUAUGUGGUGACAAGGUCACGUACCUCAUGAUAGAGGUAUCCCAUGCCUUAGUUGAUGGUGCCGCCAUGGAGAACCUGAUGAGAGAUUUUGCAACUGCCUUCGAUGACGGACAGCUCCUUUACCAGCCACAGCCCUAUCGAGAAUUCGUAAAAUAUGUGGCUUCACAAAACAAUGAGGCUAGUGCUAGGUACUGGACGACGUAUCUCAAAGAUUGCCCACCCUGCAUGAUACCCGUCAGUAAACAGAUGAUGUUUGACGACCUGCCCACUCGCUUCUUGAGAAAGGACUUCGUCUACGAGAAAAGCAGUGAUUUUCUAGCCAAGUGCAAAGAAAGACAAAUAACAGUGGCAUCGGCUGUUCGGGUUGCUUGGGCAUUGGUCCUCAGGGCAUAUAUUGGGUCCAGUGACGUAUGUUUCACUUAUGUUGCUGCUGGUAGAGAUGUACCCGUGAAAGAUGUGAACAAAAUGGUUGGACUAUGCCUAAGCAUACAGCCUUGUCGAGCGCAGCUCUGCACUGGCACAACGUUCGUAUCUCUUGCAGAAAGAAUGCAACAAGAAUAUAUCGAAAGCAUGCCAUACCAACACUAUCCUUUAACGGAACUAAAGGCGAGGUUAUAUCCAAGAGGCAGUGAGGCUAUGUUCAACACGGCCGUUUCCAUGGAGUGGACUGCUCGAACUGAUCCAUUUUAUAACACUUCCAUUGCAUUCGAGGAGAUUAGGGAGCAAGAUGACCCGACAGAGUAUGAUAUUGUUGCCAACGUCGAAAUUGUCGACAAUAUCAUGAAGCUGGGCUUUUUAUAUUGGCCAUCUUUCAGUGACAUAGAUGUGAUACAUAUUGCAAAUGCUUUUAAAAAGGCAUUGGAUCGUUUGCUGGACUCUGCGGAUAAAUCGGUGGAGGCCAUCUCGUUGGAUGGUGAGCAUGUAUUUCAUGCCAUGAAGUCUCCAGACCAGGAGUCACUGCAUCACACAGAAACGUGUGUAUUUGACGCUAUAGAGAGACAAGCUAUGGCACAGUUGAAUACUCAAGCGGUGGUAUCUUGGGAUGGAGAAUACUCCUAUGGCCAGCUUACUAAAUAUUAUACCACCUACGCAAAGUAUCUUGUCGAGCAAGGAGUCAACAACGGAGAUAUCAUUGUCGUAUGUCUCGACAAAUCUUGCUGGUCUGUCAUAACAAUAUUGGCGAUUCUGAAAGCAGGUGCCGUCUUUGUUGCCACAAAUCCCCUUCAUUCUCAGCAGCGACUCGAGAGUAUAGUGAAUCAUUGCCAGGCAAAGCUCAUCAUCGUCGAGCCUAGAUAUUCCUCGCUUUUCGAGACGGUUGAUACGCCAACAGUUGUAGUGAAUAAGGAAACAGUAGAGAGGGCCCUACUUACAACAAUACUUCCAACAAUUCGUGACUCUGAUAUAGCGACGAUCGUUUAUACUUCGGGAACCACUGGGUUGCCAAAGGGAAUUAUAAUCGAUCACGGCUCCCUGUGCACAAGUGUGCUCCAAGGACAUGGAAAACGCUAUGGAUUCGACGAAGAGACUCGUGCACUGCAAUUUGCUGCUUUCACAUUCGACGCUUGCUUGCAGGAAAUCAUUACCGUUCUAUCUCAUGGAGGAUGUGUAUGUGUUCCGUCAGAGGAUGCGCGUUUAUCAGAUCUUGGAGGUUGCAUAACCCAAAUGCGAGUGAAUUUAGCGCUCCUCACACCAACUGUCGCGAGACUCAUUAGAUCUCAGGAUGUCCGCUGUCUGAAAAGGAUGAUAUUGUGUGGAGAGCCAAUGUCUCGCCAAGACCUAGAAGCAUGGGCGCGAACGGUUACCCUCUACAAUGGAUACGGACCAGCUGAAGCAACUAUCUGUGUCUCCAUUAGCGGUCCUCUGGACGUUUCGGAUGACCCUGCCAAUAUAGGAUACGCUGUAGAUGGAACAAGACUUUGGAUAACCGAGGCAGCAGAUUAUAACCGUCUUGCCCCUGCCGGAUGCAUUGGAGAACUGGUCAUUGAGUCACGUCAAGUCAGCCGAGGAUAUCUACACGAUGUAGAGAAGACGAAUGCCAUGUUUAUCAACCCUGCCUGGCUGCCGGGAUGUAGGGUAUAUAAAACAGGUGAUCUGGCAAAGAGAAACCCAGAUGGAAGCCUAACAUACUGUGGUCGCAAAGACACACAGGUUAAGCUACGUGGACAGCGAGUGGAGCUUGGAGAGGUUGAAUACCAUGUGUGCGAAUGCUGGACAAAUGCAUCAGGGGUAGUAGCUGAGGUUAUAUACCCGACGGGAGAAGAGAAGGCGACAUUAGCUGCAUUCGUCUGCACUAGCGAUGCACAAAACAAUGCACUCGGUGAUCUCGAUGGACCCGAAGAACCCAAAACUGGGUUGUCUCCGGUUUGGGUAUCAAAGGAGUUCAUUGAGCAACUAGAAGAUCGGCUGCCAUGUUACAUGGUUCCGUCCAUAUUUUUCACAAUACCUUCCGUACCCCUCACCCCGAAUGGAAAGACAGAUCGCCAGCACCUCCGUGAUAUCGGUUCCAAUUUUACUAGUGAACAGCUUGCCCGUGUAAGCGAUCACCAGAAUAAUUCCAAACGUAUGCCGUCAGAAGCCAGAGAACGGAAACUGCAGCAGUUGUGGAGUUUCGUUUUGAAUAUCGACAGGAGCCAAAUAAGCUUAGACGAUAGCUUCUUCCGCUUGGGUGGGGAUUCAGUCUCAGCAAUGAGGCUGGUAACAACUGCAAGGAAAUCCGGUAUUAACCUGACAGUAGCAGAUGUAUUCCGUCACCCUCAUAUCGAUGAACAGGCCAGGAUUGCAUCUUCAUCCUCCAACAAUAUUUUGAAGACUCUGAUAGGCAAGCCGUUUGCACAUAUCCAGAGAAAGGACUUGGAGAGAGUUGUUUCUUUGGUGGGGCUUGGGCCCUACGCUAAUAUUGCGAGUGACAUCGAAGAUAUCCUUCCAGCGACCGAUUUACAGUCAUUUUAUGCCUCACGCGUAGCUGAAGCUUCAAGGGACGCAUUAAAUUAUUUCUACCUGAGAUUUGACAACACCCCUGAUGUCACCAAGUUGCGUCACGCUUGUCAAAGCAUUGUCGACCAAUUUCCAAUAUUGCGUACAAUAUUCAUACCGACCCAAGGCAGGACUUAUCAAGUUGUCAUUCGAAGGCUUCAGGUACCUUUAGAGAUUCACAACAGCGUGAAGAACUUAAGCAAGGCAAGUGACCUAUUUUGCCUCCAGGAUCUAGAAAACAAAAUCAUUUCAGGCUCGCUAUUCUUAUCUUUCACACUGAUUCGACAUGCAAUAUCUGGGUCUCAACUUAUCAUCCGUAUGUCCCACGCACAGUAUGAUGGCAUGUCGUGGCCAUUAAUUCUUCGAUGUUUCCAAGAAUCAUAUGCUGGAGUUCCACGGAGCCCAACUCAGUCAUUUUCAGGUUUCAUCUCAUACACCAUUGGGAAAGUGAGUGAGUCAAGGAAAUAUUGGACAAAUCUUCUCCAAGGGUCACAUAUGACGCAAGUUUCCGCUAGAUUUAUGAUGGACACCCCCUUGCAAAGGGUGGAGAAAACCCAUGUUGAAAAAACAGUGGAGUUGCCAAUCCCGCCAAAGGGCGUCACUGUCGCGUCACUCGUGAGUUCAGCAUGGUCACUUGUCCUCAGACAAAUAACAGGCAAGAGGGACGUUGUAUACGGGUUUGUCGUUGCUGGGCGAAACAUCGGUAUGCCACAGAUACAAAAGGUUGUUGGCCCAUGCAUGAGCACAGUUCCUGUCAGAAUAUGUUUCAACUCUAUGCGGACAACAAUAGAUCUCCAGCGCCAUACAAUGAAUCAGUACUUUGCCAUGGGAGAUGCCGAUUCUUUGGGUUUCCAGGAUAUUGUGGAGAACUGUACCCGAUGGCCAAGCGGUACCAAGCUUGACACAUUACUUCAGUAUCAUGACAUUGACGAAACUCCAGUGGUUACAUUGAGCGGUGGCCCGGAUUCGGAACCCUGCAGUGCACAGCUAGACUGGUUCCGAAAACCAUACGCCGCACCCACAAACAUUGAGGUAUCUGCUCGUCCAAAUGGCAAAACACUUGGAAUCACGGUCUCUAGUGAUGGAAGUUUGCUAAGCACUGAGUCUGCCACGGCAAUCCUGACAAUGUUCGAAAGAUCUAUUAAAAUACUUUCUAACGGUCGUGCAAUUCCGUUGGAUUCGAUCAAUCUUCUCGCUGUUGCAGCCCGCCGGAACCAACCCAAGAUUCCCGAUCUCUGUCCGCCAGCUUACUUAACAUUUCAGCUGUUAAGUCUGAUGCUUGGAUCAUGA